UCUCUCUCUAUCUAUCUCUCUCUCUCUCUCUCUCUCCCCCCCUGCUGGCGCUGAAGGAGGGGCACUGGACACACUUCACAGGCGAUCCUCUGAGCUGGGGCGGUACAUGGCGCGGGGAUGGGCCGAAUGGAGGCACCGCUGAGAACUGCUUAGUGAUGCAACAAGAUCCCUUCCCUUCUAAGUGGUCUGAUGUUGCUUGCCUUAAUUCCUACACCUUCUGCGUCCCCUGCGAGUACCCGAGACGCCCCAUCUUUCACCUAAGGGGCGCUGGGUUGUGUGUGGGCGCCCCCUUCAAUAGGCAAUACGUUCUGGAGGGCGUGAAGGGAGCCAGACCAGGUUUUCUAGGUCUCUUUCACUCGAAUAUUGUUUGGGAUGUCAAGGGAUCAAAGUGGAGAUUGUGGUCUUUAAAGGAACCAGGCUUGGAGUUACACUGGGCACCCGGAAACAGAGGCGGCCAUGAACAGUACCCCUUUGGAACACACUCUUGGACGAUCAGCCCUGGAGGAGGAGGAAGUGGAGGAGGAGGAGGAGGAGGAGGAGGAGGAGGAGGAGGAGGAGGAGAGGAGAUGUGUGGGCGCCGUACAGGAGAGGUUCUAAAUUUAACCCUUAGUGUGUGUGGAGAUGACCAAUUUACCUGCGCAGAUGGGACAUGUAUUUACCUGGACCAGCGUUGCGAUUUGACAAGAGACUGCGCAGAUGGUAGUGACGAGAUAUAUUGUCCUAUUAUCCUGCUUCCUAAGGGCUAUAGGUCGUUACUACCACCCCCCGCGGCUGCCCCUGGUCGUAUCCUCCCCCUACGUGUCCAAGUCGAGGUCCUAUCAAUCCCUGAGGUCGUUAGAAGGACGUUAGCAAUGACCGCUACACUAAAGCUUCGACUAACGUGGGUGGAUGCGAGGUUAAAAUAUUUGAAUCUUAAACGUCAUCAAGGGCUUAAUUUAGUGCCCCUGAAAUAGCACAUGCUCUAUGGACUCCAAUACUGCAUCUCACGACAGCCCAUGAUAGUAGGAUGGUCCGACUAGGGGAGGGGGGCCGGCUAGAAGUGGUAAGAGAGGGCCCACCGCACCCCGCCACGGAGGAAAUGGAGGAAAGCAGGUACUUUGAGGGGGGGGAGAACCGUUUAGAGGUGACCCAGGUGUGCAGCGUGACCGUGACAGCCUCCUCGCACCUCAAACUGUACCCCUUCGAUCAGCAGGUGUGGUGGGUGAACGUGUCCCUGGCGUCCACCUCCCCCGGGCACCUCCACCUGGCCCCCGGGGAGGUCACCUACUCAGGCCCCCAAGACCUCCUAGAAUACACCCUGGAAAACGUGUCAAUGGUAGCUGGCGGCGGCAGCGGCGGCGGCGGCGGAGGAGGAGGAGGAGAAGUAGGAAUUCGUGUGAAGUUAGGAAGGAGGUCCACCCACUUCCUCCUCACCUCCUUCCUCCCCACCCUCCUCCUCCUCCUCCUCUCUUAUGGCACUCUCUUCAUCCGCCUCUCCCACUUCCUCCCUCGCCUCUUCCUCUCCUUCUCCUCCCUCCUCCUCCUCUCCUCCCUCUACACCCAGAUGUCAACAGAGUCACCAAGAACCUCUUACUUCACUCUCCUGGAUGUGUGGUUUGUGUUUCUGCUUCUCCUGGCCUCUGCUGUCGUCCUGCUGCACCUGCUCAUUGAAUACGCCCUCCCUGCUGCCUCCUCUGCCUCCCCUGCCACCCACAAUCCUCUGCUAAGCGCCGGAUCCAAUGGGGUCGCUCUGAAGGGGGAAAUAACGAGGGUCCACCCCAUCCGCAAACCCGACGGUCUGGUAACAAUAGACACCGACCACCCCACCACUACCCCUACCACCAUCACCACCACCACCACCACCACCACCACGGCCCCCACCAACGCUACUCUCCGUCCUACCAACUCCUUCUAAUGGCCGGGCGAAUCUCCAUCCCAUGCGCUUUCGUCAUCUUCUUUUUAGUGUACUGCGGGACGGCCAUGGGAGAGGAUGAGGAAGCGAGCAGUUAGCGAGGUCUCCCCUAAAAUUCGCCGCUCAAUGGAGGUUUUCUGUCACACUCGGGAAUCAGAGAGAAGUGUUUUUCAUUCACUCUCCUUCCAUCUUGGAGUACAAAUAUUUACUAAUGGUAGGAUGUCUCUCUCUCUCUCUCUCUCUCUCUCUCUCUCUCUCU